AUGCAAUUAGGUCCAUAUCAGCCAGUAAAUAUUGCAUUUCCUCGUAGUUCUGGUAGAGCAUUUAGGCAAGAAUGGUAUAAGUCCUAUGAAUGGUUAGAGUAUAGUCAAGAAUUAGAUUCAGCUUUUUGUUUUUAUUGUCGAGCUUUUCCUACAGUUGGUAUGGAAGCAGCAUUUAUUUCAUGUGGAUUUAGGACUUGGGGAAAAGCAACUGAAAGAUUUUCUUCUCAUCAAAAAAGCAAUUCACAUAAAGAAGCGCUAUGUAAAGUAAUUGGAUAUAAGCAAUCAUUAACAAGUUCUGGAAAUAUCAUUGGAUUAAUUGACAAAAAUCAUUGUAAAGUAGUAUCUGAUAAUCGUAAUUACUUAAAGAAUAUUUUGGAAACUCUUCUUUAUUGUGCUAAGCAAGGAAUAGCUAUUAGGGGUCAUGAAGAGGAUUCAAAAUCAUUAAAUAAAGGUAACUUUAUUGAGCUUUUAACUCUUCGGGCAAAAGACAAUAAUCUAAUUCAACAAUAUUACUUAGAUAAGGAAAAAUCAUUUAACUAUGUACAUCAUUCAUAUUUAAAUAUGUUUCUUACCUAUAUGAGUGAUUACGUUUUAAAAUCAAUUGUAUCAGAGAUUAUGUCAGCUGGAAUAUUUAGCAUUCUUAUUGAUGAAACACAAGAUUUAAGUCGACAUGAGCAAGUGUCUGUAUUCAUAAGAUAUGUAAAUAAUUUAGAGCCUAAAGAAGUGUUUUUGGGAUUUUAUCGUACAAGCUCAACAGAUGGAGAAUCUCUCGUUGUUUUAAUUAAAGAAGUGUUGAAACUUAACGGACUCAAAAUUGAAGACAUUCGAGGGCAAUGCUAUGAUGGCGCUGCGUCAAUGCGUGGGGCCUAUAAAGGCGUUCAAGCAAGAAUAAGGGCAGAAAAUAGUUUACUGCAUCUAAUGAACGAAGUUUCUCAGCUUUACGGAAAUUAA